GUGUCCAUGCUGCUCUCGUCCUCACGAUCACUCGUCUUCUCUUCACACAUCCUGAGGAGAGUCAUCUGUCCGUCCGUCCAUCUCUCCAUCUGUACAUCAUCCAAACCAGGAGAUUCUGGAGGAAAGAGGAGGAUAAAUACAGCAGUGUAGUGUGUGUGUGUGUGUGUGAGUGUGUGAGUGUGUGUGCACUCACCCCGAAAGGAAACACAUUCUCAGUCUGCUGAAUGGAUGAAGACAGACAGAUUCAAACUGGAGCGCAAUAAACGAGUAAAAAAACGGAGACGGACUGGGAAAGAGUCCCUCCAUCCACACCAUCCGAGAGAGAGAGCGAGUUCUCGCUCCAGCACCAGGAUGAUGUCUCCGAAGGACAACAAACCCAAAAAGCCCCCAAAAGACAGCAUGACCCUACUGCCGUGCUUUUACUUUGUGGAGUUGCCCAUCGUUGCCUCCUCGAUGAUCUCUCUGUACUUCCUGGAGUUAACUGAUGUUCUCCAGCCGGUUAAAUCCGGUUUCCGUUGCUAUGACCAGUCUCUGAGUAAACCUUACGUGGAGACAGGAGACGAGCUCAUCCCCCUGCUCAUGCUCCUGAGUCUUGCCUUCGCCGGGCCUGCUGCCUCGAUCAUGCUAGCUGAGGCUCUGAUGUACUGCACGCGGUCCGGAGUGAAGUUCAGUCGAGGUUCUGAAGACAGUAUCAACGCCAGCGGCUGCAGCUUUAACUCCUUCCUGCGCAGAACCGUGCGGUUUGUAGGUGUGCAUGUGUUUGGUUUAUGUUCUACAGCUCUAGUGACGGAUGUGAUACAGCUCUGCACCGGGUAUCACGCUCCGUUCUUCCUCACCGUGUGUAAACCCAACUACACUCUGCCCGGAGUCUCCUGCCUCAACGACCCCUACAUCACUCAGGACAUCUGCUCAGGACGCGACCAUUACGCUAUCCAGUCCGCUAGGAAAACGUUCCCAUCCCAGCAUGCAACUCUCUCCGGCUUCGCAGCUGUCUACAUCUCUAUGUACUUUAACGCCACCAUCUCGGACAGCACCAAGCUCCUGAAGCCCGUGUUGGUGUUCAUCUUCGCGAUAGCAGCCGCACUGGCGAGUCUCACGCAGAUCACGCAGUAUCGCAGCCAUCCCAUCGACGUCUACGUGGGAUUCGUCAUCGGAGCCGGAAUCGCUGUUUAUCUGGCCCUUUACGCUGUUGGAAAUUUCAGUUCCUCUGUGGAAUCAUCUCCUCGGAUACUGAAGAAGCCUCCUCCACCUCAGAAAGACGCUCUCCAUGCGUUAACACAACGCGGCCAUGACUCCGUCUACCAGAAAGCACACGCAUCCGAGAGCAACGACGAGCUCACGGCGCCGGUGGACGUAGCCGGACUGAACCGCAAAGUCCGCCGUGAAAAAGCCUCAAUGGGAAGUCUGAAACGAGCCAGUGCCGACGUGGAGCUGCUGGCACCCCGAAACCCCAUGGGUAAAGAGACCAUGCUGACGUUUAGCAACACGCUUCCCAGAGCGAGCGCUAACGCAAACGGCACAGAAGAACCUGCGCAGCGACACAUGACAUUCCAUGUUCCUUCGUCCAAACAACUGGUAUCCGAGUGGAAGCAGAAAUCUCUGGAAAUGCGGAGUUUGAGCUUGAGGGAGAACGGCCAACAAGGCAGCUCCAUUGAUGUGGUGGAAGAAACAAAUGAAGAGUCCAAGGAGAACUUGGACAUGGACUUGUCCACUUCCUUGUAUCCCAGUGUUCAGGCAGCGGCGGCCAACAGAGUCUCAAUUCCCCAAAGACCUGGUGCUCCACAACUGGUCCACAUCCCAGAAGAAGCUUCUAAACCUCCACCUGUCUCUCCUAAAAGUGCCACAACUAGAGCCAAAUGGCUUUCCAUGAUGGAUAAAAGUCCAGUACCGGCAGCAACACCGGAGCCACCUCGUCUCCCAAACAAGCCGCUGGUCAUGCAAGUCACGUCCACUCCAAAAUCUUCCGAGACAGCCUCAUCUUGUGCCACAUCAAGCAUCGCCUCGAGCACCGAGUCGCCAUAUUUCCGCAUGCCAUCCGAGCGAGACUCGUGCAGCAUCGUCACCGUCGAUGCCCACGCGCCUCAUCAUCCUGUAGUCCGUCUGUCUUCGGUGAGCUCUAACACCUGGGAUUGGAGGAGCAGCACCAACGGAAGCACAGAAGUCCAAGAAACCAGUCGAACCAUGCCCAGGAAAGAGUACCGAUCUGCUAAAACAGACAUGUUCGGCUCAGAACCGCCACCACACCCAGAUCUGGUGCCACAGUUCCACCGAAAACCUUCUAUACCCACCAAGGAGUGGGAUCCCGGACAGCCGCAUCCGGAACCGGACCAUUUCUUCAAGAACUUGCACUUGAGCCAACGAUUUAAAGACCCAAACCUUUAAAAGAACAAAACUAUGGCUGAGACUCAAGACCAGAGUCUUCAACGUGUACCAACGAAUUAAAGUCAGGCCUUCAAAGCAGCAGAAGAAUUGAGGAAAUGCUUUUGUAUAGUGGACGGGGUUCGAUGUGAAGCAGUGGUGUAUUUUAGGGAAGUGGGGAAAAGGAAUAUUCCUUGUUCUCACACUUCUACAGCAGGCGACAACUUUAAGAACAAAGAUGUACUAGACUUAUUUCUUCUUUCUACCAGUCGGGGUUCAGUGAGAAUACGACAUUUAUAUUAGGGACGCAAGAAACCGGGAAUGGGCAGAGGUGCUGGUUAAACUGGACAGAGAUCACGUCUUUAUAUUUUGAGAACCGAGACCGGUUUCUGUUCUCUUGCGGGUCGGGUUUUAUGGGAUUGCGUCACGCGUAUUAGGGAUGUAAGAAAAGCAAGAUGGUUGAACUUAAUGAGCUCAUUUUUUCAUAAGGAGCGUCUCACCCGGGUCUUUAGAUCAGCUGAAGUUGUUUCAUCACUUCAUAGUGUGUCUGAGGGAAGAACGCAAGACUAGGGAAACAGGCAGCUUAAAGAUGGAAGUGUUUAAAAAGAACACAAUUCUGGCCAAGAUCUUUCUUUAUUCCUCAGCGGGAGGCGUUCAGUAUUUAAAUGUCAUGUCUCGUAGGGAGUUGAGGGGGAAAAGACAGUUUUGGUAAAGACCACCCCGGUAAAGUCUCUCUACAAGGAGUGUGAACAUUGUAUAUUAGGGAAAAAACCUUCUGCAGUUUAAAGACUUAAAGAUUUUCCGUUUCUUGAGGCAGUGGCGUUGACUGUGAAUAUGUUGUGUAUUUUAGGUAAGAAUACAUCGAUACUGAUACUGAUAUACUAAAGCUAAAUAAAUUGUCCCAUCACACCCCUGAUUGAUAAAUAUUUCAUAUGUGGAUCAGUUCGCGUUGAUAUUCAUGAGAACCAAAUGAACAUGUGCUUGUUCCACGAAAACAAUUUGUUUCCUGAAUUGUAGGUGUGUAAAGGGAAGACUGAGUAAACAUUAUCCGUUAGGGUGUAGGGUGCGAGGAGAGCAGGUCAUUCUGUAGAUCACACCUCUUCCUGCAUUAUUGGGAAGUGAAUCGAGUGAAACUGGAGUGUGUGUAAAUAUACCAGGUUUUACGGUAACCACCAGGCACUUACGUGGAAAAUCUGCAGAUCGUCUGUUUUAGUUCAAAUCUAAAGUAAACACUAGAAAAGUUUACAUGCACACUUUCUUUCUUCAUAAACUCUUCUAGUGUUUACAGCCUGGUUGUUAUCGUAAAACCCAGUAUAUACACCCAGUAUAUACACGCAGUAUAUACACGCAGUACAUACACCCAGUACAUACACCCAGUACAUACACCCAGUAUAUACAUGCAGUAUAUACAUGCAGUAUAUACACGCAGUAUAUACACGCA